AUGCGGCCCUGCGAGGAGCUCUUCAACCGCUUCUCCAAAUUCGUAUCCGAGUUCGACGGGAUGGGUUUCCACCAGGAGCGCGGCAGCUCUUGCUGGGGCGAUCUUGCCGAGAAUUCUCGGUUCCAGGAUGUGGGUGGCGCGGGCCCCGCCUCCUUCCCCGAGCCCUUCGUCUCUCUGCCGAGGGCCGCGGGCUCAGAGAUCCAGGCCGUGCCCGAUGAUGUCCAGUGGAACUUUUCACGCUCGGAGCUGCACCGACUGAUUUAUUAUGGUGUGGAUGUGGUGGCCGCUUUCCGUGGGAACCGCGCGCGUAGUUUUCUUUUGGGCAGUGGUAUUCAACAAACUUAUUCCUUGUUGGGCAUUUUUAUUUGCGUUGGUGUUCGGCCCUCUCCCCCGAUUUCUGAAUAG